ACAAAGACACGUUUGUAACACGCAACCUACGAACGCGAAGCGCAAGCGCCUCUCCUUCCCCCUUAACGGGCAUGUGCGCGCGCGUGCUGGGCAUCGGUGACGCGCACCAUUGAACCGUGACUGGAUGAGCCGCUCGCACCGUGGGCAGGUUUUCUUAGUGUUGUGGUACCGUGUGAAAACACAACUCGUCGUUUUAUGAAUUGCCGAACAAAACAACUAAGCGCAUGAAUAAUUGCAAACGUGGAUUUUAAAGGACCCUUCCUUUAGAGUGAAGCGGAGCGCCGGUAGCGGGUGUGAGGAUGGUGGUGCCAGAGGUUGGCACUGUGGUCCAGAAAGCAGACAACGGUACCAGUGGGUUGGGGCAGAGCAUGGAGCAGAACACCACGGGCGAAGAGUUGGAGGAGGUACGGAAGCUGCAGGAGUUGGUGCGGAGGCUGGAGAUCCAGAAUCAAACGCUGCGCAACAGAGGCGGCAGGGCACCAAACAGCAACUUGAGGAUGGGAGACAACGUCAAUGCUAGGGUGCCAUCCGAGAGAGCAGCGGACCAUACCCUUGGUUCUAAGGACAAUGUCAACCUCUGUGACAGGGACUUUGAGCCAUCACCCCAGCAGGAUGGCAGCAGCACCAGCAGCAGCAGCGGCAACAUUUCCCCCCUUCCAGAGGCCAGCAGGCUGGAAGAAGAGGUUGGGGCAAGGGAAGGACACCUUCAGGGCAGAGAGGCAUCAGAGGAAAUGCAGUGCCAAACUGCGCACAGCCCAAGGCAUGAGACCCAUGGUGAGACGGACACGGAGGCAGAUGGGUGUGCCCUGGAUGAAGUAGAGGUGCUUGACCUGGAGGACUAUGAUGAAACAGAGGAAGAAGACAGCUGGCUGUACGUGUCCCCGAAGAAACAGGUGCUGGCAGAGAAGAGGCCAGAGUCUCCUUUGAAGUGGUGCCGGCAGGUGCUGGACCAUCCAAGUCCCGAGACGGAGGUUGCCUGCCGCACACUUAUCAACCGUCUUGAUCAUUCCACUCGAUGGAGGAACAUGUAUAGCAGCUCCUCUCAGUGUUCCUCCGGGCCCGGCUCGGAGGCUGGCCCUGGCCCUGCCUUAAUCUCUCCUGGGUACCACAAAUCAACUAACAAAUCACUACUAACCUGUGGCAGCUCAGGUUAUAUGAGCAUGCACUCCGCCUUAAGCUCACAGUCCUCCAUAGACAGCGAGCUGAGCACUUCGGACGACUCCAUCUCCAUGGGCUACAAGCUGCAGGACCUCACAGAUGUCCAAAUUAUGGCUCGCCUUCAGGAGGAAAGCCUAAGGCAGGACUACGCCUCCAGCUCAGCCUCAGUUUCACGCCGAAGCUCCAGCGCCUCGCUGCAGUCCUUGCGGCGCGGCACGUACAGUGACCAGGAGUUUGACUCCUACAGUUUGGAAGAUGAGGAGGAUGGUUGUUUUUCCGUGUCCCACCGUUUGCAACGCUGCUCGCCCUCCCCCCUGAGCUCACCUCGGUGCCAGUCCCCAAGUGCCCUGGCUGAGUACAGUCGCCUAAGCGCCCAGCGGGCCCGGCCUCCCCGACGCUCACUGCAGGGCCCUGGCCCUGAGCUGCUCAAGUUUGCCAAGACCGAGGAGGAGCUUAGGCACAGUAUGCCUAACCUGGCCCCGCGUACAAGUUUACGCUCACUGGAAGCAGUGAGGAACAGCCGCAGCAUGGAGGCCAACCUACAGAGUCCUGGCGGCCGAAUAUCCCGCCUGCCUCACUCCUCCAGCACGGGCAUGUCCUCCACCAGACUGCGUGGCAGUGGCCAGUCCCCCCUUUCUCUUCGUGCCCCUGUCAAAGCACUGAGCCCAGUGGGCUCCAUGGUUGGAGUGCGGCAGCCUCAAAGGGGGCACGCUGCGACUCAGGAGGGGGCCUUAGGGGGAGUAAGGAGAGGGCAGUCGCCAGGGCUGUCCAAUGGGGGAUCAUCCUCAGCCAGCAGGAUUAACACUGUCGGGGUCAAGAGUGCACCAACCCGGGCCCGUGAUUCACUGGGGGGACCAGCAGCUGCCCCCCGGAGCAGAUUGGCUCAACCUGCUAGGAGAUCCCUGGGAUUGACCAAGUCGUGCAAACCUGCAGUUGAUGAGUCAUGGAAGGAUGGUUGUUAUUGAACCUCCCAUCUUGAUUCCCUGUCUGAGUGGAACACCAACCUACUGCCUCUGAACAGCACAAACCCAGCAGGCUGGGACACUAGUUGCUCUGCAGUCAAUGAAGGAAAAGUUGUGGCAUGGGCCGAUAGAAGGACAUGUUGGCAAGUGACGAGUCACGCCCUGUGAUCUAGAGACUGAUACAACAGACAGCAAACUACAGUAACUUUUGUUUUUAAUACGUAGAUCUAGCCUGUUUGAGUGGUUAUUGAUAAAGUUGCUGAUGUAGUGCAAGGUCUAUAGGUUGUCAAUGUAUUUUGUCACAUUUUAGUCUGUAUAAAUUCUACAGGUUUGCAAUGAUGAUUAAUGUAAAGUUUGGUAAUAAUUCUAUUCAAAUUGGACAUUGUUCCAGUGGUGAAAGGUCUGCAUUGUAAGGAAACUUGAUCUCAGCAUUGUUGUUUGGUCUUUUUUUUCCGCAGCUGUAGUCUUUGACACCUGAAGGAUAAUUCAGUGUGAGAGAGGUACCAUUUUGCCAUGACCAUCUGUGUUAUGUGUUUAUGCUGCAUAAUGCAGUCUGCUUUGAACUAUAGACUAUCCCAAGAAAAAAAAAAAUCACCAAAAAUAAUAAAUACACGUAAGCUCCUACAGUGAAGCUUCUAAAUUGCAUCUGAGCUCCAAAUCAGUUUCUAUAUUCUGGUUCUAAAUGGCAGGUUCUUAGUUUUGAAUCCCAGAUGCAUAAAAUUCAGCUGAAUGUUGACCACUGGUUUUCAUAACCUAAGAUGUCUUUAAAUGUUAUAAAAUGUUCAGAUGUUUGGUGCAGGUUAUUGCAGGUAAAAGUUUUACCACUUUCUAAAUACAAGGGUUCUCAGCUAUGAAUGUUUAAAUUAUGUACUCACAAGUACGACUUCGUAUUGGACAUAAUACUGAAAUUUAGGUGAAAAUCAGAGUGCAUUCUAUGAGUAAUUAAUGUGGAAAUCUCUAAUUCCAAAGGGUUCCCAUUUUUCUUGCAUCUGGACCCCUCCUGCAUAAUACUUCUACAUGCACAUUCCCCAGGGAUGAAUGCUGUAUGUGGUACAUUUGUAGUAACCAACAGGUAAAUUAACUAGUUAGAUGGACUGUAAAGCAAAAGCACUGCUGUGUGUGUGUGUGUGUGUGUGUAAGGGGGUUCAAAUAUAUAUUUUAACAUUGCAUCUAUCCUUUUCUGAAUUUCCUGAAUGGAUCAUCUCCACAUCAAAAUGUAACCAGGUCCAAAAUUUACAGCCUUGUCGGUGGUAUGUAAAUUCUUUGAUCAGCAGUUUUGGUAAUGUGUUUUAUAAAGUAAUGAAUAUGCAAAUUUUUGCACUGACAGCCUAAAGAUACCAAGUCAAGUGCGUAAGGUCACUUUGGGCCAUUGAAGUGGUUUCAAUUCAAACAAGUAGCAGUGUAAGCGAAGGGCUCGGAGAAGCGACCUGAAACUGAUCUGGGGUCAGUUAUUUCAGAUUCAGUGAGACGCUGCUGUGGUCAGGUGACGACAGCUGACAAGUCUUUUUUUAAUAAAUACUAUACAGUCACGCAUCCACCUGCCUUUAUUUCCCACCUUUAGGUGUUGUUCAACAUCUGUAACAGGCACGUUAAAUUGCGCUGUAUGAAUACUUAAAAUGAGGUGCGCAGACCGCAGUCUAUGGGCUACUUAGUACCGGCGCCAGAACGUUCAAAUAAGUGUGGUCACUAACUAAGCUCAUUUUUUCUCUCCAAGCCGGAAGCUGUUUAAAUAAUUCACCUACUCACGCACUCCUAAAGAGCCAAAUAUUGCAACUAACUGGCGUAAAACUGCCUGCCAACAAGAUGCUGAUCGUGUAUUUUAACUUCUUCGCACAGCUUUCUGCAAUGAAUGAGAGGGCAUAAGGCAAAACUCCCGCUUGA